GCCGGUGAAAUCUCGGCGGCGUGCCGGCCUGAUGCACCUUGUGGGGCUUCGCCCGCGGCGCGCGAGGACCACCCUAGCCAUCGUUGGACGUCUUUGAACAGGGAGGCUGCCCCCGUGCCCCGCGCGCCGGCGGAACCCCCGAUAUCCGGCCGGCCCCAGCCGGCAGCCGCACGGACCGUGCCCCGGUAUCCGACGGCAGCGGCCGCUAUCCAGCAUGCUGGACCCCGAGCUCGCCUGUCCGCGGGAGGAGGACCGCACGCCGCCCCAGUCGCCCGCGUCGAACCCGCCGCCCACUCCAUCGCUGGAACGUGUGACGCGGCGGGACCUGCUGCGCCUCAAGUUCCAUCAUCGAAGAGCCAUUAGAGUAGUGAACGUCAGACGGGGCGAGAGCGUGUCGUUUCGUGCGCUCAAACAAAGGCUCACGUCGGAUUACGGGUUCGAGCUCGCUCUAGCGUAUCAGGACGCCGACGGGGAUUUGAUCACCCUGGCCUCGCAGAACGACCUGAACGAGUUGCUGGAUGGGUUCUCCUCGACGAAUUCCCAGAACGUGCGCGUCAUGAAGCUCGAAGAAGAUAGGGUCUACGAGGACGACUUUGAGAGACCUGAGAGAGGUCGAGUGUCGCCGCUGACGGAUGCUCGAUCAGCAGCUCUGGAAGACGAGGACGACGUGGUUACGGCUUCCAGAGAUGUUUCGCCGCCUCCCACGUCGCCCGUGACUCCCCGAAGAUUGCACGCUCUGAUUUCUUCACCGACGCCGCAUGCGCGCGAGCGCGUGCUGGAUCCCCUGCGGGCGCCGGCGUCGCCCCUACCGCCGCAGACCGAAGCGGAGACGCAAGUGACGCCCCGAAGACACGUGUCACCGAUCAAGGAACGGCGAUUGGACCCGCUGGAGCAGCGGCCUCGAGCGACCUCGAUCGUCGACGACGGCUCGUUGGCCGAGUCGUUGUCCGACGACAACCAGCCUCCCGACUUAAGGCCCAGAAGUGCGAAGGUGGCCCCGCAACCCACGGAGCGACGGAUACGGUGGCAGCGCGGCGAGCUCGUCGGCAAGGGCGCUUUUGGGACUGUGUAUCUGGGUCUGAACUUAGACACGGGCGAGCUGAUGGCCGUGAAGAUGCUCGAGGCUGAAGAAGUGAGUUCUCGAGAACGGCACGCGUUGGAGAACGAGGUCCGCACUUUGAAGAACCUCGGCCAUCCCAACAUUGUGCGGUAUCUCGGUGUCGAUUCGCGGUCGGACACGCUAGCCAUCUUCCUGGAGUACGUCUCGGGCGGCUCCCUCCGUUCAUUAUUAGAUAGGUUCGGGAGGUUAGAAGAACGCGUUGUCAGGUUGUACGCUAGACAGAUCCUGCUGGGACUCGAGUACCUGCACGCGAACGGCAUCGCGCAUCGAGAUGUGAAAGCGGCCAACGCCCUCCUGUCGCAAGAUGGGAUCGUAAAGCUCGCCGACUUUGGGGCGUCGAAGCGCACAAGGGAGGUCUCGGGCAGCACUUUACAUGCCACAGGAGGCCACGCGAAGGGCACGCCGCUCUGGAUGGCUCCAGAAGUCAUCAAGUCGACGGGCCCCCAGAACUCCUGGCGCAAGGCCGACGUCUGGUCCGUCGGCUGCACCAUCAUCGAGAUGGCGACGGGCCGGCCGCCCUGGUCCCAAUACAGCAACCCCGUCACGGCGAUGUACCACAUCGCCUGCGUCGAAGAAUUGCCGGAGAUGCCUUCCUCACUGGGUACUGCCGGCCACGACUUUCUGGUCUUGUGCUUUGAUCGGGAUCCGAAACUGCGGCCGGAGGUCUCCGCCUUACUGUUGCAGCGGUUCGUCGCGGCGGCGCCGCGGCCGUUGUUGAACCAGUUCGUGACGUCGCCGCGCGAGAAUGUUUUGAGGCCGUCGACGGCGUCGGCCACGGAGGGUCUGGACGCGAUGCGCCGGAGCCACUCGUUGCGGGUCGUGACGGACGCGACCGUCUUUGAACGAAGACUCGUCGCGUCCGACGACGAAGACGUCUCGCCGGCAAAAGUUUUGAGGAGGCAGCGCGACGAGCAGCGGCCGCCACCAGAUCAGAUGCGGUCUCCCUCAACUCUAAGACGGCGCGGCCCGUCGUCCGAAGAUUUGAAACCCAUGGCGUCUCCACAAAAGCGCCUGCCGCCGACGGCGGCGGAGACUUAUCGGGAGGAGAAGAACCAGCGGGGCCCGCGGACCAUGCUCAAGCAGCGCCGCGUGCAGAUCAGCGCGCCGGGCGACCCGCCGUUACGACGCGACGACUUGGAUGGGGAGCUGCGGCAGCUGCAGCGGCGCGAGAAGGAUUUGCGAAGUUCGCCGGACCCGCGGUCGCCGCGGCCGCCGCGGGACCCGAGGCCGCGGGCCGAUAGUCUCCAGGUGCCGUUGUUCGACGAACCGCGCGGCGGCGUGCGGCGCAUGUCGCCGCGCGUUUUAGAUGAUGACGUCGCGCGGCCGACGGACGACGUCGUCGGCGCGCACGACGCUGAAAUUGCAAGGCGCACGCUCCGCACCGCUAUCGGUGGAGAGGACGCGGCGUCGCCGCGGCGGGGCCCGCAGCGCCAGGUGCCGCGCCUGGAGGACGACGGCCCCCCGCAGUUCACGGCCACGCCGCCGCGGGGCCGCAUCCCGCCGCUCGAGGCCAAUCAAACGCCGAAGGCGGCCUCGCCGGAGCCAAGGCGCGUGAACGACGCGUCGCCGGAGCCGCGCGCCAAGGAAGCAUUAAGACGGGCGGCGGCGCUCCACGGCAUGCCGAGCGCCGAGCGCCGAUUGCAUGAUGCGGCCGCCAUCCAGAGCGAGUUCCUCGACACGAUGAAGGACCGCGCCUACGACCCGGCGAUUAUCGGGAAGCGGCCCGAGCAGCGCCGGCCGGCGACGGAGGGCGAUUCACUAAGGGGGCGCGAGGUGCCGCGGCCGCCUCUCCUCGAAUGUUCGUCCGACGACGACCUGGAGUCAGUACCACCACCAGCGCCGGAGGUCAAGGAAGACUUGGUGCAUCGCGGCGCGCCCAUUACCUGUUUAGCCGCCGCUCCGUCGGGCGGGUUGCUCGCGUGUGCGUCCAACGAUGGUAGAGUGGUUGUCGUGGACCAUCGCGACGAGGACUGUAAGAUCGCCGCAACUUUACGACCGGCCCUCGACUCGCUGAAGAGCGCUCGCUCUCCACAUUCUCGGAUUAGAUCAAGGACGGCGCCGGCCGGGGUCCUAGAUAGGGCGGCGCUCGCCGACGCGACGCCGUCCGUGGCGACGUGCGUGCUCACGACGAACGGCGCGCGCUGCGUCACGGGGAGCGACGACGGCGUCGGGCGGGUCUGGUGCGUCGAGACGGAGUGUUUGCUGCACGCGUUGGAAGGUCAUGACGGGCGCGUGACGAAGGUCCAGGUGCUGGGCGGGCCCGAGUCGCGAGACCAAAGAAGAGGCACGCCCUGGGCGGGUUGUGUGGUUACCGCUUCUUCCGAUCAUACGGUGCGACUCUGGGACGUGCGGUUGCGACGGCCGCAGACCAUGGUUCUACGGGGCCACGCCGACGCGGUCAACGCGUUAUGCGUGGACCAGGACCACGUCGUCUGGUCUGCUUCGAGAGAUACGUCCAUCAGGGCCUGGGACUUGAGAUGUGGAAGACAAAAAUAUGCGAUGACGCAGCACUUCGGGGCGGUGACUACUCUCGUGCAGGACCCCUCGCUGGACAACGCCAAGGGCGGCGUCUUAUCUGGCGCUCGAGAUACGACGGUCCAUGUGUGGGCUCGAACGUCGGGAGCCUGCAUGCGCGCCUUACGCUCCCAAAGAGGCUUCGUCCAAGCGUUAGCCGUCAUCCCGAAGCCGCGCUCCGCUCAAACGCCGACGCAGCCCGGGAGUACGUUAGCCUGCGGCGCGACGAACGGCAAGGUUAGGUUGUGGGACCACCACCGCGGGAAACAAUUGAGAGCGUGGGAGGCGCACGCCCUGGCCGUCACGGCCGUCGCCUUCACUUCAUCAAAAGGCAGCGGGCUCCUCGUCACGGGCGGCGCCGACGGCCUCGUCAAGGCCUGGGACGCGCGGACGGGCGCCUGCCGCGCGCGGUGCCUCGCGAACCACUCAUCCUCCGUCGUGGCGCUGGCCGUCGUCGACGACGGAAAGGUCUUUUCGGCGGCCAAGGACGGGUGUCUGAGGUUGGCGGAGUUGUAAGAAGAUUGCUUUGUUA